UCUUGGCAUGGAUCCGCUCGCAGUAAAGACGACGCUGUUCAAUAUCUUCAACGGACAGGACAUCGGCUGCGAUUUAGAUGGCAUGACGAACAGCAGCAAAUUCUGGGUCACGCCGCACGGAUGGAUCCUAGUUCACGAUACCGCUUCGAUGUCCACCUUUCUGUUCAAUCCUCGGAAUCGUGACGAGAAGAUUCAGCUGCCUCAUUUAACUGAGGACUUGCGUAGAACAUGCGCCUGCGUGCUCUCGUGCAAGCCUACACUUCCUGGCUGCAGCGUGCUUCUUGUUGCGCCCGACACCACUGUCAUCUGGCAAUGUUGCAUCGGCGGCAAGGAGUGGGCAAGGCACGAGUACGACAUUGGAACGCAGCUCAUCGACCCAGCCAAUGAUCUGCAUGAGAAGGUGCCGAUAUGCCCGAUCGCCGCCUGCCGGGGCAAAUUCUACUUUAACAGUGAAAAUUUUGUUGACAUUGGUGUGCUUGAGUUCUCUCCGAUGCCAGUGUUCGGCUCCCUCAAGCUCGCUGGAGAGUUCGAGGCUCCGACCAGGGCGAAGGUUUCUUGGUGGAAUCUGAGGACGAUCUUUACAUGGCAGCCUGGUGUAUGGCAUUGGCUGCGACAUGAUCGACUGCGAGACCCAAGUCCACAAGAUGGAUUUCUCUGCGCAGCAGUGGCGCAGAGCUGA